GGAAAUCAAUUGGAUGUCAAGUGAUCAGUGUGUUAUGGACAACUGGGCUCUACUCUUGGCAGCGUCUGCCAUUGAAACACAGGCUCCCAUUUUAUGUCUGCUACUGUCUGGUUCCCUAACUCUUUGGUUUCAUGCCCGAAGGUCAUCAGGAAGCGGUGGCAGAGCGUCAUUAAACAUCCAUUUCCAUCUGUUGAAUGGAGUUGUAACAGCUGUAUUAUCCCAUUUUGUCAGCAAGAAUGAAUUAGGAGCCGUUAUGACUGAUAUUUUUUCUCUACAUAUGCCCCACUUUUGGGUGGAAAAUCAUCCUUUCAUUUCUAGCAAGUCCUCCAAUUCUGUUACUUGGAAUGAAGUCUACAUGUGGUUGGAAUGUGAUAAGAGUGUACCUGAGAAUCAAUGGAAGAUCUAUGCUAAGAAGAGGAAUGAAGAGGAUGAAGCAACUCUAGAAAGUGUCCUCAGUCAGUGGAUAAGUUCAUCAAUGAAGCCUUCAUCUGGAGGAAACUGGCAGAACAGUUCUGCAGAUAUUGAUUCAUCA